AAUAUGAUUACCCAAUAAUAAUAUUGGAAAAUGCAUAUUUUUGAAGUAAAAUAAUAAUUUUCUUUAUUGCAGAUAUUGAAAUUUUUUACAAAAUUUUUUCAAAAUAAAUAACUUACUCUGAAAUCCUCCAUAGUUAUUUCCAAAUGGCCAGCACAAAGUGAAGCUUUGUUGAGAUUAUUAGAGAGAGAUGAGUCUUAAAAAUUUUGUUGUUGAUAGAGAUACUGCUGCUUUAAAAUUUAUUAAAUUUUCAAUAAGGUAAUUUUUAUAAAUAAUUUAAGGACCAUUUUCAUAAUAUUCCAAUCUUGUGAUCCACUUAGGUUCGAAUCUUGAUAAUGAUGUUAAUAUUGAUCCUCAAAACCAGC